CUUCGCAUAGGCCAGGAUAUCUUCAGCCAAGGAGGGGAAGAUCUCCUCAGGUCAAUAUACCCCGAUCGGUAAAGCCCCUCUGCACUUUGUUUGCCCUGUUUGCCAUCCCGGCCCAUUCACCAAUCAGGAGUUCAGCCCUCGCGGAACUGUACUUGGGUUCAACUGGAUGCUUGUUGAUGUUGAUGCCUUUCUGAUUCUUUUUCCUUGUACCCACCCGGUGACAUUCGCGAUCAUUUAGCGCCUCCGCCGGCGACUGGAACUGUGGAGAUCGAUCUGUCAGCUGUCUCACUCAGAAAUUACCAACAAAGAACGGAACAGCCUUGUUUCGCGCGAGUGUCCCCCACCAUACAAACAACCGCGCAUGGACAUGAUUGGCACGAAAACUCAUUAUUGACUGACCGCCAUAACUACGAAUCUCUGAAGAAACCGAGCCUAAAAUAUUACUCGUCGCCAUGGCGGCGCAAUUCACCGAAGAAAACGUACAGGAGCUCAAGUUCCGGCUCGAGGACGCCACCGUAAAAUGUUCCGAACGCUGCUUAUACCAGUCUGCCAAAUGGGCGGCGGAAAUGCUUGACGCCAUUGUACCGAUUGACCAAUAUGACACAGACCCCGAAUCCCCAAUGGACAUUCCCGAUACACCCUCGACUCGUCCAAAUCCCUACCUGCGAACCCAAGAUCCUGUCGAAGCUUCCCUUGAAGCCCAAGAGUCCUACAAGUACCUCCUAGCCAAGUCAUAUUUUGAUACGCGCGAAUACGAUCGUUGUGCAGCGGUGUUUCUGCCGCCUACGAUACCCCCCGUUGCACUUUCUACGUCGUCGCCGAACCAAAAGAAGAGACAGUCGUUAACCCCACAGAAGGGCAAGUCGAAGUCAUCCCAGUAUGCAGGAGGGAAGGAUAGCAACGUGUCUAGGAACCCAUAUCCCAGAUUGAGCCAGAAGUCAUUAUUCCUGGCGCUGUACGCCAAAUACCUAGCGGGCGAGAAACGGAAAGACGAGGAGACCGAGAUGGUGCUGGGACCGGCCGACGGGGGUGCGACAGUUAAUCGAGAAUUGCCAGAUCUUGCGCGAGGGCUAGAAGGAUGGCUAACAGAGCGUCGGGAGAAGGGCAUGGAAGAUCGCAAUCAGGGAUGGCUAGAAUACCUCUACGGGGUCAUUCUUCUCAAAGGGCGAAACGAGGAGGAGGCCAAAAAGUGGCUCAUAAGGAGUGUUCACUUGAACCCAUUCCAUUGGGGCGCCUGGCAGGAGUUGAAUGAUCUUCUCUCAAGUACAGAAGAUUUGAAACAAGUCGUCGACCUGCUCCCGCAGAACAUUAUGACCCUGCUUUUCCACGUAUACUGUAGUCAAGAACUAUAUCAAGCCACUGAAGACACGUACCAGGCUCUCUCGGAGCUUGAAACGAUCUUUCCCAACAGUGCCUUUCUCAUGACCCAGAGAGCUCUCCUCUACUACCAUUCGAAAGACUUCGAAGAAGCAUCACGUAUUUUUACCGAGAUAUUGAUUGCAUCCCCUCACCGACUCGACAGCCUCGAUCAUUACUCCAAUAUACUAUACGUGAUGGGCGCGCGUCCCCAGCUGGCCUUCGUCGCCCAAGUUGCAACAGCAACAGACAAGUUCCGACCCGAAACCUGUUGCGUCGUCGGAAACUACUACUCACUCAAGUCCGAACACGAAAAAGCCGUGAUGUACUUCCGUCGCGCCUUAACACUAGACCGCAAUUUCCUCUCAGCCUGGACCCUGAUGGGCCACGAGUACAUCGAGAUGAAGAACACGCACGCGGCGAUUGAAUCCUACCGCCGCGCCGUGGACGUCAACCGGAAAGACUACCGAGCCUGGUACGGUCUCGGCCAGGCAUACGAAGUCCUCGACAUGUCUUUCUACGCUUUAUUCUACUACCAACGUGCCGCCGCACUGCGACCGUACGACCCGAAAAUGUGGCAAGCCGUCGGAUCCUGCUACGCCAAAAUGGGUCGUGUUCCGCAGAGUAUCAAAGCCCUCAAACGCGCCCUCGUAGCCGGCUCCUACUACGCCGAAGACCCAUCCCAAAUGGGAGGCUCAGGUCGCAAGAUCCUCGAUCCAGAAACCCUCCACCAAAUCGCAACACUGUACGAACGUCUCGGCGACGAUGAAGAAGCAGCCGCCUACAUGGAACUCACCCUGCAGCAAGAAUCAGGACAAAUGCCCGUGGAAGAAGACGCCUCUUCCGACAACGAAAACGACGACGACCAAUCCGAGGCCGGAGCAAAACAAUCCUCACGCCGAGCCCAUCAAUCCUCAUCGUAUAACCAAAACGACGACGAUGAUGACUCUUGGCACGGCACAGGGCCGACAGUCACGACUUCGAAAGCGCGGCUGUGGCUCGCGCGGUGGGCCUUGCGAAACGGGGAUCUCGAACGCGCGGACCAGUUGGCGGGUGAACUGUGCCAGGAUGGAGUUGAGGUCGAGGAGGCGAAGGCGUUGAUGAGAGAUGUGAGGGCUAGAAGAGAAGGCGAUGAGUAGUCUGCUUUACUUGGGCUGUCCACUCUGUAUUGUUAUGUUUUGCCUUGAACAGGCUUUCAUUCUUACGGUAGCGAGGCGUUUGUGCUGGGAGUGCUUACGACCUGAUGUUUUCAUCUUGAGGCUGGGCUGGG